AUGCCUUUGGAGUCCAACUCCUUGGCCGCGCCCGCUGCGCUCCCAGCGAAACGACCUGCUCGCGACUCUGCCAGCCCCGCCGCAAGGACCCCUUCGAGGAUACCCACCCCACCACCGCCGUCCGAUCGUGGGAGGCUGCAGGCGAGGCACAAUAUGGAUAACGGCAACUCCAGCAAGGGCUCGAGACACAGCGGCCGCUUCACCGAGAGGACAAGCACUGGCGGCAUCGACCCAGAGUCCUUAUCGCGCGCACUCUCCAGAGAAGUCUACACCGCCGACAGGCGGGAUAGUACACCAGGUGCCAGCCCGAGCAGGAAACGGCAGCGGAUGAAUGGCGACAGAUUCAUCCCAACGCGCUCCGGUCAAGACCUCCAAGCCAGCUUCAACCUUCUCCACGAGGAAGGCUCUCCGGCUACCCCGUCGCGCCAGAAGAAGCGCACUCCCCACGGAGAGGUUAAUUUCCAAAAGACUGAGGAGGCAAACCAAACUUUUUCCAACAUACUGAGAGCUGAAAUGUUCGAUGACACAAUACCGCAAGCCGCUUCUCCGGCAAUCUCAGCAGACGCCAACCUACUUGGCGCAUCCCGUACUGCUCACGAUGGCACAAGGUCACAUACACCGCCCAAUAACCCGCCACCCUCUCUGCCUUCAAGCUUCACUCCAUCAACACCCCACAAGAAUCUCUUCUCAUACAUGUCACCUCGCCAUAUCACCCACAUAGCUGGCCAUCCCACGCCUUCUAGGACGCCACAAAGCCGGCAUGGUCCCAACAUGGAUACCCGGUCAGAAAUCUAUAGCCUGUCUCCCGUUCGUUUCGGCAGUCAACAGAUGCUUCUCAGCCCACGGCGGCAGCCUCGCGCUGUCAGCAAGGUCCCUUACAAAGUUUUGGAUGCUCCCGAGUUAGCAGACGACUUUUAUCUGAAUCUCGUCGACUGGGGAAGUGCCAACGUCCUGGGUGUGGGUCUGGGCUCAAGCGUCUACAUGUGGAAUGCCCAGACAAGCCGCGUCAACAAGCUUUGCACGCUCGAAGACGAUACUGUGACGAGCGUGAACUGGAUCCAGAAAGGCACCCAUAUUGCCAUCGGUACUGGGAAGGGACUAGUACAGAUCUGGGACGCUGAGAAAACCCGGCGAUUAAGGACCAUGACGGGCCACACGGCACGUGUGGGUUCUUUGGCCUGGAAUACGCAUAUCCUGACGUCAGGAUCGCGGGAUCGGCUGAUAUAUCAUCGCGAUGUAAGAGCGCCAGAUCAAUGGAUGCGAAAGCUGGUGGGUCAUAAGCAAGAGGUGUGCGGUCUUAAGUGGAACUGCGACGACGGCCAAUUGGCGAGCGGCGGCAACGACAACAAGCUGAUGGUCUGGGACAAGCUGUCGGAAACACCUCUCUGGAAGUUCUCAGACCAUACUGCUGCCGUGAAAGCGAUCGCCUGGUCGCCACAUCAGCGUGGUCUUCUUGCCUCUGGUGGAGGAACGGCUGAUCGCAGAAUCAUAUUCCACGACACGGUACGAGGGACCGUGAUCAACGAGGUCGACACGGGUAGCCAAGUGUGCAACAUCUCGUGGUCCAAGAAUUCCAACGAGAUCGUCUCGACCCAUGGAUACAGCCAGAACCAGAUCGUCGUAUGGAAGUACCCGUCAAUGACGCAGGUCGUCAGCCUCACGGGACACACUUACCGGGUGUUGUAUCUCGCGAUGAGCCCCGACGGAAGAACUAUUGUCACAGGUGCUGGCGACGAGACCCUACGGUUUUGGACUGUCUUCGGGCGGCGUCCCGGCCAGCGAGAAGACAGUGAUGGUGGCGGAGGACGACUCGCCGACUGGGGCGUCAUCCGGUGA